CGCGUUUUCAACUUAUUUCUAUUUGUUUACGACAACCACAAGCAGGAAUAUUUUCCCAAAAUGGCUGUGCUGGUGUUGGACAACGGCGCGGGAACUGCAAAAGUUGGCUAUGCUACCGACAAAGAACCGAGGAUAAUUCCAAAUUGUGUAACUAAAGCAAAAAAUGUGAGGACAAGAAUUUUUAUUGGUGAUCAGAUAGAUGAAUGCAAAGACCUGUCAGGGUUGUACUACAUGCUGCCAUUUCAGAAGGGCUUCCUGACCAAUUGGGACAUCGAGAGGCAAGUUUGGGACUACAUAUUAGGAAAAGAUGUCUUCCAGGUUAAUUCAAAUGAAUGCACAGCCAUUGUCACGGAGCCAUGUUUCAACUUUGCCUCAGCUCAAGAAGCAAUGAAUGAAGUCUUCUUUGAAGAAUACCAGUUCAAUGCCCUUUACAGAUGCAAUGCGUCAUGUCUGAGUCAGUACAAGAGUCACAAGGAGGAGUCGGAGAAGAAUCUUUGUACAUUGGUAGUUGACACCGGCUACUCCUACACACACAUUGUGCCCUACUUUAAGGGCAAGAAAAUCAAAGAAGCCAUCAGGAGAGUAAAUGUUGGAGGGAAAUUGUUAACAAACCAUUUAAAAGAAAUAAUAUCCUACAGGCAGCUGAUGGUAAUGGACGAAACGUAUGUCAUCAACCAAGUAAAGGAAGAUGUCUGCUAUGUCGCCACUGACUUCUACGCCGACAUGAAUGUGGCCAGGAAGCGUGGCAAGGAGAACACAAUUGCCCGGGAUUAUGUGUUACCAGACUACACACACAUCAAGCGUGGCUAUGUCCGCCCUCAAGAAGACACGACAGGCAAAGCAAAGGACAAUGAACAGUUGAUACGUAUGAAUAAUGAACGAUUUGCUGUAGCGGAACUACUUUUCCAUCCAUCUGAUGUAGGAAUACAAGAGAUGGGAAUCCCAGAAGCUAUUAUCAACUCACUAGAACCAAUACAAGAAGAGAUGAAACCACACCUACUGGGGAACAUCCUCUUGACUGGAGGGAAUUGUCACCUACGAGGAUUUGAUAAGCGGAUGUACAGCGAUGUGCGGAAGUUGGCCCCAGGUGAUUAUGAUGUAACAGUCUCAAUGCCAAAGAACCCAACAUCACAUGCAUGGGAAGGGGGAUGUUUGUUGGCCAAGGAUCCCGAUUUCAGCAAGAUGGUGGUCACCAAGCAGGAGUUUGACGAACAUGGGCCCAAUAUUUGUUAUGAGAGAUUUGAUGUGUAAUAUUUGUGUAAAUAAAUGUAUCUUUUGUAAA